UUUCCAGAUGCUUUGAACGCUACUAACCCAGCCGGUCACUCCCUUCCGUCGGAGUAUAAUUGGUGGUCUAUGUAAUGGAAAGAUGAUACACAUCCAAGCCGUGCCAAUACCAUCUGCUAAGACUUUUAAGAUCGAGCUAUGCUGUGGGCCAACGCCAUUUCCCGGCUGCGACGUCGCGCUGUCGAUGAAUACACAUUUCUUCCCUCCCGGCAACCGCCAGUUCACACUCACCACCUACCGAAACAAGCAGUGGGUCGCUAGCGUGCGGGGAAGCAGCUUUCCAUUCAGCGCCGGAGCAACUUUCGAGAUGAUCAUACUGAUAGAGGCUGGAAAUUAUAAAAUUGCAGUGAAUGGAACUCCACUUCGCCAGACUUCAAGCAUGUCAUACCUCAUUCGCGCUCCCGUACCUUACCUGAAAGCAAUACCAGGAGGGCUACGCAUUGGGAGGAUUAUCAAGGUGUCUGCUUAUCCUCUACAAACUGCAAACGACAAGCUCGCCGUGAGGUUUCUGUGCGGACCACAUGCAGGUAGAUCUGACAUCGCGUUCACGUGCAGUCCUUGCUUUAAACGGCCGCUGCACAUCAUCCGCAACUACAGAGUGAACGGAAAGUGGGGCGCCCAGGACCGCACUUUCUAUGGAGAUCACGACUUCCCAUUUCCACCGGGCGUUCCAUUUGACCUGGUGAUCAACUGCGACGCGGACAAAUUCCGCGUGACGUGCAAUGGCAAGCAUCUGAUUAAAUUUUCAUAUCGUGUCAUGCCCCUGCAGAGAAUAGUCAACUUGGAGAUCAUUGGUGAGGUGUGCAUUCAGAAUGUGCGCGUUGAAUAGAAUAUACGUUGACGCCUGAUGAGGCGUUCGCUACCUUUGAAUCUUAAGCAGACGAGCUCGAAUUAUUGAUAUUUGUAACUAAUUAAUGUUGAAAAAAUUCCAACCGCGCGGCGAAGCGAUUACCCUUAUUGUUUAACUGUGAUAAACACAUAACAUUAUUUGAAUGAAGAAAGGUCUCAUAUAUUGAGUAAAAUAA